AUGGGCAGUGCGCUAAGCCGAACUGAACAAAAGGAUUCCACUCAAGACAGUUCCAGACUGAGAUCCUCUGAUGAGGACGAGAGUGGCUCUGACGCAAAGAAGCGACCCUUAGAAGAGCAAAUCAAACUGGAAAGGCCAGCAGAUUACAACACGCUGAGUGACACAGAGGAUACGAGAAGACCAGCACCAAGGUGUAGCAACGAUGCCUCCAGUUCUACACCAGGGCCUAGUGAAGUCUUGGCCUGCUCUGGUCCCUCUGUGGCUCCAAACACUGAAACUAAGAGAAAGUCUCAGUGCAGCGAGGAGGAGGACGAGGAGCAGCGCAGUCCACGGAAGAAGAGCAAAACAGAUGAUGCUCCAAAGGAAAGGACGCGCUGGUCAGAACGUCACUUCUCACGUUUGAAGAGAAUCUGGAUGAUAACGACAGAGGAAAUGGAGGAGGAAACUCAAGCGGCCUCCACCCCGACCUGCGCAGAUGAGCUCUCCAAAAAGUACACGUGGGCUGAGAUAUUGCAGGAAGGAGGCUUUGGAAAAGUCUUUAGUGGGGUUCGCAUUGAGGACAACUUACCAGUGGCUCUCAAGUUCAUCAAAAGGACUAUGGUGACGUUCAUAGAUGUGGAGAUGGAUGGAGUUCCAGUCAGACUUCCUAAGGAGGUCUACUUCCUGAUUAGGGCAGGAGCAGGGCCCACCUCCUCAGACUCCAGAGUGACUCCACAGCUGCUGGACUGGUACGAGCUUUACCAGGACAUUGUGUUGGUGCUGGAGAGACCAGUGCCCUGCCUGGACCUUGUGGACUAUUUCGAAAACGUAGACAUGAGCCCCGACAUGGCCAAAAUCAUUUUCCGUCAGUUGGUGGAUGAAGCUAUCGAACUGGAGUCUAAAGGCAUCUUUCAUCGGGACAUCAAGCCUGAGAAUGUGCUGCUGGAGACGGGCUCCGACGUCCCCAGAGCCAGGUUCAUAGACUUUGGUUGCGCCACCUUUUUCACACCUGGACAAGAGUUUACUGAUCCACAAGGCACUUUAGAUUACUCCUCUCCGGAGUGUUUCUGUGGGCAAAGCUACACAGCAGGACCCACCACGGUGUGGCAGCUGAGCGUGCUGCUGUUUGUCAUGCUCUUCAAGAGGCUUCCUCUGUCUCAAGAGGAGAACAUCGGCUCAGUGCGAGUUGUUCCUAUUCCAACCUGUAUUCCACAAGGAUGCAGAGACCUGCUGAGGGGCUGCUUGAAGGAGGACCCUGAAGAGCGCCUGACCCUGCAGGACAUCAAAGACCAUCCGUGGUGCCAGUAUCAGCUAAAGAAAAAGACUUCCCUUAUCAGAGUGAGUGAUAGACUGAGCCGUCGUCUUUGCGUGGGACCACAGGAGCAGCAGCACUGUCCCGGGACGUUUGUGUUUACAGAGGAACAAAAAGACGACCCAUCAGCCCCUUCACCCUCAUGA